GUUAUUAAACUAUUCUUUCCAACCAAACAAAUUAAUGUCGAUCGCAUCAUGGUCUGCGGCGUCUAAACCAAAUCACUCUAUCUGCUCCGACACCCACUCACUCGUACUCUGCUGCAUUCAUUCACUGUUUUACCACCAAUUUUUGUGAUGAAGAAGUUCCCACUCUCACACUCCGAUUUGGACUCUAAAUGUGCCUUCACUUUCUCACUCAUGCGUUUGAUGGCUUUUUUCGUCGCUACUUUCGUUCUCUGCUCUGUUAUUUUCUCUGUCUCCGUUGUUCUUCGAGACCCUCCCUCAGAUGCGGCACUUCGCGAACCCUCAUCACUCACCCCUCUCUUUCAAAUCACUCAAGAUUUGGACAAUGAUACCUCUGAUUCUGUUCAGUUGCUUCGAGAUAAACUGCACGGUGGCCUUUUAGUUGAUGGAUUUGAUGAAAAUUCCUGUCUCAGCAGAUACCAAUCAGCCGAGUAUCAUCUCAAAGGGCUGUCGGGAAACCCUUCUUCUUACCUCAUUUCUAGGUUAAGAAAAUAUGAAGCUCAACACAAACAGUGUGGACCUUACACUGAAUUCUAUAACAAAACAGUGGAACAACUUAGGUCUGGUAAAUUUACGGAGUCCUCACCUUGUAAAUAUGUUGUAUGGAUUUCAUUUAGUGGGUUAGGGAAUAGGAUAUUGACCCUAGCUUCUGCAUUUCUUUAUGCUCUUCUCACAAACCGUGUUCUGCUGGUUGACCCUGGAGUGGAUAUGGCUGAUCUUUUUUGUGAGCCAUUUCCAGAUACUUCCUGGUUUCUCCCUGCUGAUUUUCCUCUUACCGCUCAGUUUAAUAGUUUCAGUCAGAAAUCUGAUGAAUGUCAUGGGAAAAUGCUGAAAAAUAAAUUGGUUGUAAAUUCCAAUGUUCCUUCUUUUGUCUACCUUCACAUAGUCCACGAUUAUGAUGAUCAUGAUAAGCUUUUCUUUUGUGAUGAAGAGCAACAUUUUCUCCAGGAAGUGCCUUGGUUAGUGAUGAAAACAGAUAAUUACUUUGUCCCAUCUCUAUUCUUGAUGCCAUCAUUUGAGCAGGAGCUGAAUGAUCUCUUCCCAAAUAAAGAAACAGUUUUCCAUUUCUUGGGUAGGUAUCUGUUCCACCCCACUAACAGUGUGUGGGGACUUGUUACCAGAUACUAUCAAGCUUAUUUAGCUAAAGCCGAUGAAAGAGUGGGGAUACAAAUUAGAGUGUUUGACACAGAACCCGGUCCAUUUCAACAUGUAUUGGAUCAGAUCUUAGCUUGUACUUCCAAGCAUAAACUUUUGCCUGAUGUUAACAAUCAGCAGGAUGCUACCAAUUCAUCAGGAAGUCCCAAGUCAAAAGCGGUGUUGAUGGCAUCCUUAAGCUCUGGUUAUUUUGAAAAGGUAAGAGACAUGUAUUGGGAAUACCCUACGGUGACAGGAGAAGUUGUUGGUGUUUACCAGCCGAGCCAUGAAGGAUAUCAACAAACACAGAAGCAGAUGCACAACCAAAAAGCUUGGGCAGAAAUGUAUCUCUUAAGCUUAACUGAUGUGUUGGUUACAAGCUCUUGGUCUACUUUUGGCUAUGUGGCUCAGGGGCUUGGAGGUUUAAAACCAUGGAUUCUGUACAAACCUGAGAACCGAACAGCCCCAGAUCCUCCCUGUCGGCGUGCCAUGUCAAUGGAGCCAUGUUUCCAUGCUCCUCCCUUCUAUGAUUGCAAGGCCAAGAGAGGAACUGACACAGGUGAACUUGUUCCGUAUGUGAGGCACUGUGAGGAUAUGAGCUGGGGCCUUAAGCUUGUAGACACUGAUACUUAUCGCUAGUUAUGGCCAUCCAUAUACAAUGUAUGCUAUGAUGUAUUGUUCCAAAUUUUGGUGUAAAAUAGAAUUGAGUUAUUUCUUUGAUUUGUGUAUCCACUGUUCUCUCCGAGAAUCAUGGUAUUAGCUUUACUAUUUCAGGGCUAUUGACUGCGUAGAAAUGACUUUUUCUUAAUUUUGUUUACAUUGCUAAAUAUUAGUUAUUAAUUCUCGUUC